AUGAACGACCUACCAAAAACACAAACCGUAAUCUGCAAAGCCUGCGGUAUCGUGCACAGUCCACGCCACUGGGCGGACGAGGCGAAGCAGCACUGCACACCCGCCGCCACCACGGCGGCAUCCAACAAGUCGCCAAAGACCCACCAACAACACAAGAAGCACGAGCUCUGGGAGGACAAGGCUGGUCAAUUCAUCAAGCAGUUCUCUCGCAGCAAGACUGCGCCGGUCUUUGUGGCUUCCUCGGAGGCGGAGGAGGAGGAGAAGAAGAAGCAUGUGGAGAGGACGCCAGCGCCGCUGUUGAGACGAUCGACGAGUCUGUCGAGGCGGGACAGUUCGCUGGAUAUGGGAGACGGGGUUAUUGAUUUUAGGGACGAGGAUGGGAGGUUCGCGGGGGAGUGGGAUCAUGUGGUGCUGAAGAAGAAGGGGAAGACGCUGGCUUGA